GAGAGAGGAGGACUGAGAGAGCGAGAGAAAGAAAAAAGAGACAGUGAGAGAGGACGAAGAGGAAGGUACACAUUCUGGCUCUUCGGCGUCGCUUGCGGUAAGCCAGUGUGACAGUAUGACCCUCUCCAGUGCCCCGCCUCUCCGCAGGGGAAGCACACCGCUACCAAUCAAACAUCAGCUGAGAAGGGAGGAAGCUGUUAAUGAUGAUUGUGAUUGGACGCCAGGGCUGGGCGGGGCUUCCCCUCCUCCAAUCAGCUUCAGCCCGGCAGAGGAAGAGACGGUUAGCUCGGCGGCGGAUGGGAGGCAGGAUGGGCCUCUGCGGAUCGCCCUGCUGGGGCAGAAUGGGGUGGGGAAAUCCUCGCUCGCUAUCGCCCUCGCUGGGGAGUAUGACAGAACUGCAUCCGUGGAUUCUGAGGGGGAGGGCUACAUUCGCACGGUUACCGUGGACGACGAGGAGAGCACUAUCAUCGUCUACGAUAACUGGAAACAGGACCUGUCCACCCUGCAGUGUGAGGUGUGUGUGCUGGUGUUCUCCGUGACAGACAGGCGAAGCUUCCACCGCACCGCCCAGCUCCGCCUCCUGCUGAGGGAGACCCAGCCCCAGACUCCCAUCAUCCUCGUGGGCAACAAGAGCGACCUGGUCAGGUCACGGGAAGUCAGCGCCGAAGAGGCCCAUGCCAGCGCCGUCCUGUUUGACUGCCAGUACCUGGAGCUCUCGGCCUCACUGGACCACCGCACCUCAGAGCUGCUGGAGGGGGCGGUGAGAGCCGCCAGGGGCCUCCCCCAGGGGCCUGGGGGUGCCAGUGGGGGUUCGGGAGAGGAGCGGAGGGAGAGCCUCACCACCAAGGCCAAACGCUUCCUCUCUAGUCUGGUCCCCCGCUACCCCAGAGAGAAGGAGAGGGAGAGGGAGGGGGGCAAGUUCUUUAGGCAGAAGUCACGCUCCUGCCAUGACCUGGGGGCUCUGUGACAGAGGGAGGAAAGAGAGGGAGGGAGAGAGGGAGAGAGUUAGAGAGAGAGAGAGAGAGAGAGAGAGAGAGAGGGAAGGGAAGGGAGUUAGAAUGGGUAUAAGGAGAUGAGAAAAGACAGAGAGGGACAGAGAGAGAACUAUAGUUUGUCCAUUGUCCUUUGGUUUGUCCUGUCAAUAAAGCACCGUUGAAUUUGAAGCUGAGGGGGAUGGAGACAGUGUGCUUGCUAGAAAGAGAGGGAGAAAGGGACAAAGGUACUGAGGAAGAGAGAGGAGGGGAGAAAGAGAGCAGGGAG